AUGAGAGCAAUGACCGACGACAUUCCAGACACGCAAAGAUCACGGUUGAAUGCUUUCAACGCUCGAUCGCUCAAUGCACUGAACACUGGACCGAGCAAUACCACGCAAAGCAGAAGCCAGUCCUCAAGUGUUGGUUCCUCAAAUAACAGUAUCAAAGAGGACCUUAGUCGUUCAUCGGAGGAAUGUGGCAACAUCAUUGAAAAUGUUGAGGAUUCAGAAUAUUGUUUGGAACGGCAGUCAACUCACAGCUCGGAGCAUCAGUCAACUCGCAGUUCAGAACAUCAGUCAACUGCGCAAGACGCCUCAAAGAAGCGAAAGAGAGAGCAUAACGACGAAGCCACGGAGCUAGGAAAGCGCCUCGGGCAGUGUUUAGAAGAAAAAAAAAACAGGCUGUAA